AGCGCACGCACGAUGGCCCACCAAGGAAGACAACGCGCCGCGCGCCUCCCGAUGCGGACAGUUAAUGAAAAGCCGCCCGGUGAGGGCCCACCGUACAAUCCGCCGCGCACUCACUUUUCCUUCGUAAAAAUCGGUCCACAUUUCCCUCCUCUCACAGCAGGUGUCCGUCGCCGGUAGCUUCGCUUCGCAGUCCACCCGGGCAACCCCCCUCGCCGCCGGCGAAGCGCGCCGCGCGGGAGCCAAAUGGCGGCCGCCGAGCCCUUCUCCAUACGGGGGUUCGCCGCCAGGAUGCGGGCCGAGGACGCGGACAAGUGCUGGCUGCUCGGCGGCCGCGCUGAGUUGGAGACGGAGACGUCGCUGCCGCUGCCGCCGAUGGACCCUCCGCCGCGGUCGCGGUGGUGGGCCCACGAGCUUGCCGCUGUGCGGGCGCGGCCGGAUGCCUGCGCUGCGGGUGGGGACGCUGCCGUUGGUGGCGGCGCCGGCAAUGGGGGUGGUUUGGGGAGGACGACGAGGCGGAAGGGAUCUCGGGGGAGCGCCGUCGCCGAGAGGGCUAAUAAGCGGCAGAGAGUGCUCCAACUGAAGUACAAGGAGAGAACCUCUAAACCCCAGUCAUCCUCUUGCUUACUUCAACAGGAAUUGUUAAGAAAACACAAAGGCUGUACUGUUCGUACGCUGAGAGAAUUUGUUCCGAGGAAGAAACUGCAAGAGCGACAGGAUGAUCAUAUCUCUGUUCAAGGAGACAGCUUGAAGAAACAGUGCGGGACAGGAAUAGAUCACAAACGAAGCAUAAAAGCCAGUAGGCCAACUAAUCAUCCUCUAAAUCAUGUCUGUGAAGUGGUGGAGCAUGUUACAUACCCUCCCAAGGAUGAUAUUUUUGGAGAUCUACCUCUUUUAGAGAGCUCCAAAAUCAUGUUUCGUACUGGAGUUGAUAUACUCCCUACUGUUAUAGAAGAUUCUUUUCUAGAAAAUCAAAAUGGAGCAGAUGCUUUAUCGGAAACGGAACAAUUGAAACUAAUACCCACUUCUGACAUAUCAAAGCUAAUGCCACCCCCCCUUGAAGACUUAGUGAAGAAGGAUCAGACUCCUGAUAAAGAGUCAACAUGCAUCUCCCCCAAUGAUGCAGGAAGAAGUCAUUCUUUCUCUGCUAAGUUUGAUGGUCCACUAAAUCAUACAAGUGUCACCAUGGAGAAAGCUUGUCUUGCUGAAAUGCAGCUGAAGUCUACUGAUGUUCCUGCUUUAAGUUCUUAUUGUAAAGAUGAAGCAAAAUCUGGUUCUAGCAAGCCUUCACAGGGUUGUUUGUACAUGAAUACAGACUGCUUUCAGGAAAUAAAAUUAGCUGGUAUAAGUUCAGCGACUGUGAGAACCAGAACUGAAGCAACUAACAAAGAUAGAGAUUCAUCAGUCUGUGGCAAGAAGAGCACUUAUAUCUGUGGUCGACUGGUUCCAAGCGAUUUCUACACAAAUACAGACUGCUUUCAGAAAAUAGAAAGAACUGGUAUCAGUUUAGCGACUGUGAGAAUGAGAACUGAAGCAAUUAACAAAGAUAGAGAUCCAGCAGUCCGUGGCAAGAAGAGCACUGAUGUCUGUGAUCGACUUGUUCCAAGUGAACACCAUCUUUCACGUGAAGGCACUCUAUUGUCAGUUGUAUCACAGGGGACUGCCGGUGCAGGAAUAAACACAGAUGCCAUAUCUCCCUGCAGGAAGCCUGCUAAGGAAUAUGCCUUUACUUCCGGUCCUUGUAAAUUUGCAAGCAAUAUAUAUCAUGAAAGUAGAAAGAGUGUAGAUACAUGCAAACCAUUAUCAAUGGAUGACCAAGGUAGCUGGUACUCUAAAGUUUACCCAGGUCGCUCUCCUGCAAGUGGUUUACCUUUUAUGAAGCUACCUGGCCUUGAAAGAAUGGAGAUCUCAAGCUAUGAUCCGAGAACAGGCGAAAAUAACUUUAUGAAUGGACAAAUAAAGAAUACAAUAAGAUGCAAAGAGCAGCAGCCGGUGAGUGGCAUGGCCAGUACUAUACAAGGUCAGAAUAACAUUGGUUUCAGUGAUUCGCAAGCAGGGAAAAAAGCCCUGGACGGUUUUGUGACACGGGAUAGUUGCCAUUCUCAUCAGCCCACCAUGCGCCUAAUGGGCAGGAUAGUCUCAGUCUGCAAGAGUAGCAAGGAGCAGGAGUUAUCUACGGAGAAAGGGUUGAUUGACAGUAGUAUUUUUGAAGGAGACCGCCCCUCAGCAAUUUCAUGUGAAUUGCCUCCAAAGAGACUGUUCCCUUUUAAAGAUUCUGUGCUACCGAGGGCUCGUAUUCUUGAAUCUUCAGAUACGUUGCCAAGGAUUCCCAACAGCACUUCAGCACAGGCAAGGCCUAUCAUCAAUGAUGCUCAAAAUCAUAGUCUGCAACAGACUAAUAACGUUUCUUCAACAUUUAAAGAUUGCGCCUGGAAUUCUGGCAGUCAAUUUGGUUGGCAAACUCAGGUAAACAAGGAAUCCACCAUAGGUGUGAACUACAGGACCAGACAUUCUGAGCUAUAUCAACCACCAACACUGACAAGCAUUCCUCGUAACCAAUACUUUAACUUAAGCAUCCCUGGAUCAGGCAUGCACACAGAAGAUCACACUUUUGUUCGUUCAGCAGUAAAUCAAUCUUGUACUUCAUUUCCACAGUGGCCAUUAAAUAUGAGCAUGCAGGGGAAGUACCAGAAAUCCACAUCCUCGUCUUAUGAAGAUCUUAGAUCUGUUCCUACUCACCAACCCUACCAAGUACCUGGAGCAAAUCUAUUUUCCACACCAAUAAUAUAUUUUCAUGACUGUGGUACAAAUAGCGCUGAGUCCAGAAACUUUUAUCAGCCAGGACACCCUUCCCUUACAGCUAAUUUGGCAAGUAAAUCCAUUUCAGCAUUAAACCCAAUGUGCGCUGGCAGUCUUUUGAAUAUAGAUGGCAGAAAGGGUGUUCCCUUCGUCGACCAAACAAGCAAGAGACCAGCUUGUGCAGAUAAUGUUUCACAGCAACCUGCAAAGAGGCAGGUUGUUGCAAACAAACUGGAGGAGUUAACAAGUCAGAUGUUCCCAAAUAUGAAGAACUACUCAUCUGGCUGGUCACUAAAUGAUGCAGUUGGUCCAAGGAUACUUGACUUCAGUAACAAAUUAUCAAGAAAUACCACACAAAUAUCAAAAAGCAAAAACAAUAAUUUAGGGGACAAUUCAGUUCCAGUUGUUGAAGCAGGUCAAGGGCUGUAAGCAUGGUUGCAGGAGCUAAAACCACGUUGAAGCCAGGUCUGCAUUCGACUAAUUUUUUAGUUGAUAAUGGUUUUGAUUCAACUUUACUAUAGUGGAAUGCCAGAAAGAAGCAAUGGAGUGUACCUGGUCCAGUUAUAUGUCUUGAGUUGUUUGGUAUUUGGAUAGUCAGCAAAAGGGAAGGCGCAUUAGAUUUUCUACAAUUCUAAAGAUGAUAGUGUAGCAGUUGGUGGAUUACUCCUAUUCAUGUAAAGUUUUAGCCCAAAUGUGCAAGAUCACUUACUUUGAAAUAAAUAUCAUGACAGAUCUAACAUCAUAUGUUAGUUUAGCUCAUAUGCCCCCCUUGAUGCAUAUCAGUUCAAUUUUUUUUUACGGUGAGUUCAAUACUGUAAUCUGCAUGCUCUUUUGAUCAAGUAAUAUGAAGUAAAGCACUAAUGCUGCUGCUGGAAAGCUGCCAGUUUCACUUUUA